AUGAAACGUUAUUCAAAAAUGGCACCAAUUGUAGCGGAAAAUAUAACUUUCAAUAAAUUCCCACAACAUCGAGCAUUACAUUAUCAUACAAUUCUUAGUGUUGCUCCAUUUCCAUAUAUGCCUGAUCCAUGGAACGAGAAUAAUAAUCAUUUGCUUCAAUUCAUUCAAAAUGAAUUUAAUGCUGCUCAUCCUGGUAUCUAUCUUAUUUUACGUCCAAUGAACACGCUAGAAGAUUUUUACAAUUUGACAUUGCUUGAAGAUUUCUUGACAGGCAAUGAUUCAGGGUACGAUGUUGUGGAAAUUGAUACUGUGAUUUUAGGUGAUCUUGUUGCUGCUGGUAUUAUAACUCCACAAACUUAUCCUAUUUUGCCAGAUCAAAUUCCAUCGGAUUGGCAUCCAGCAGCUGGUGCAGCAGUACAAAUAAAUCAGGCAGUAUAUGCUUUUCCUCAUCUUAUGUGUGCUUAUUUUCUUUUUACUCACGGAAACCCAGCAGAUAAGAGAGAAUUUUUGUCACUAGAGGAACUUGAACGAUAUCUAAAUAAUUCAUAUUAUGUUUACAAUAUACCUAAUUUGACAUACGGAUCCCAUCGUCUUGUAGGAAAUCUUAAUUCUAGUUGGGAUAUAAGUGCUAUAUGGAUCGAUAGUCAACGAGAUAUAUUUCAUUCGACAUUUUAUACAGAAGCAGAAGCUCUUCAUGGAUAUGAACAUUUAUCAUUCGAACCGAUGCGUAAGCUUGCUAAACUUUGUGAAUCAGAUGAAGGUGUUAAUGACUGUGUAGAUGGAAAAUUUGAGGAGAAUUAUGAUGAGCCUGCAAAAUUAUUUGGCACUUAUGCCGCUCGAGCUAUGUUUGGUUAUUCUGAAAGAUUGUUUCAUAUUUUAAAAGAGAGUUCAUCAAAUAAUGUUGCCGAUGUAAAAAUACAACCAUUACCAUUAGGAACCGGUGCUAAACGGCCUGUUUUUUUUACUGAUGCUUAUGUAUUUCGACGUAAUCUACCUGCGAAUAAGUUAGCAGCUGCACAAGCUUUUGUCAAAUUUAUGGCAACACCUCGAAUGCAAGCAGCUGUUGUAGGAAAUGAGGCGUUUUCAGAACAAAUGCCUUUACGUUAUCUUCUUCCUAUUUCUAAGAGUGCAUACAAUGAGCCUCUUCUAGUAUCUAAUCGUUUUUAUCAAGAUUAUUUUCGAAAUUUAUAUGGUUAUGCUUAUCCAAAUACUGGUCUUUUAUCAGCACGUCGUCAGCUUGCACCAGCUAUUCGAAAAUAUAUCAAAGAACAAUAA